AUGUUUUCUAUCACGUCACUGACCUUGCGCUUGUUUUCUUUCCAGCAUCAAUACUGUCAUCAUCAGUCGCGCUUCGCCAGCGAACCCUUAUCAUCAUCAUCAUCAGCACCAUCGAACAGUCACUGCCCUUCUGCACCCUCCAGCCCGCGCCCCAGGAUGACCGUGAACUCGCAGUCGGGCCCUCCCAAGUCUCCCCGACCUCCCGACGACCUCAUCACCACUGCCACCUCAGCCCUGAGGCGCUUCCAUUUCAAAACGGGAAGAAACGCUACCAAAAACUCUACCACCAAGCAACAGACCCAGCCAGUAGUACCAAAAGUAAUAGUGAUGGGUAGCAGUACUGCUUCAGAAACAACCAUCAACACCAGCACGGAAAGUUCAAACACCAUAGUAACAACAGUGACAGCAACAGACGGUACAGACGAAAGCUUGGACUAUCCAGAACCAAUGGAUCUAUUUACUUCCGACAACGUUCUAGAAAACUCCAGACUAACCAAUCCCAUACUACAACCAGCUCCUCUUAGUCCGAAAACUCCGGCUACAGCUAAAGAACAAACUCCACCGACUGCCAAGAAUCAAAUGAUGUUUACAUUCGAAAUAAGCGAUAGCAAAAACUCUGACGACAUGACGCCGAGGCUUACACUAGAAGAAUCAAAAUUUCAUUUCGACACCGUCGUUCACAGACAUGAGAUGAAAACUGUAGAGACUCUUAUGCAGGAGCAGAUUGAAGCGUUGAGGAUAGACGCCAGAAGGAGGAACAGUUACAAGCAGGCCGCGCAGAAUUUGGAUGAGAUUGAGGUGAUGAGCGAUAGUUGUUUCAAUCCUACUAGCACUAGGGAGCACAAGAAAAGUUUCAAGAAAAAGUUGGAAGUCGAUAAGCAGAAGGUUGAUAAGACGUCGCCGAAGAGGAGAGCUGAGAGGAAUGUUAAUUCUUCUCCUGAGGAGACCGAUUCGCCAAGGCCGAAACAUAGACACAAAAAAACCAGCCGUAGAACGCGUUCUCCGAACAAAUACCACUCGCAAACGCCGGAGAAGUUCUCCUACGACGAACGCCAGGUGUCGAAAUACCGCACCCGAUCGUCAGUGUCGUCCACGUCGUCGCGCCGCACCCCGCCACUGCCCGACCUGAGGGUGGACUUUUUCAGCGAAACGUCAGACGGCUGGCACAAGUCGACGACCGGGCUAUUGAACGGCUCCGCUACGCACACGUUGGCGGUUUCGGCCGGAGGCGGUAUGGUGUCAAACGAGAAGAGGGGCAGCGUCUGCUUAAAUAAAUGCCUGCGAGAGGUGAGUCAGAAGCAACCGUGUUUUGAGGAACAAGAAGAUAUUCUCCGUAUUCUUUUACAGUCCAGACAUACAACCUCUAAACAGUACCAACUUUGGAUCAAAUACGAGAAAGAUAGUUUCGACCCAAUUAGAGGGUGGUACUGUCAGUGCAAAAAUGGGGCCAGGGUAGUAGGUUGUUGUACUCAUAUAGCAUCUGUUCUUUGGUAUUUAGGAUAUUACAGGCACUUAAAUAAUGUUCCCUACUACACUAGCGAUGCAUAUAAAGACUUUUUAGUUGACGCAGCCGAUUUCGAAGUUUCAGAGGAAGAAGUAAGUGAUGGAGAAGAAAAUCUCGAAGAACAAGAGGAAGAGAAAUAA